CUCACACCAUGGCAAAAGACUACUACAAGAUCCUUGGCGUGUCCAAGGACGCAGACGAAGACACACUUAAGAAAGCAUACAAGAAAGCCGCGCUCAAAUGGCAUCCGGAUCGCAACAAGGACAAGCAGGAGGAGGCCAACAAGAAGUUUCAGGAGCUGGGCGAGGCGUUUGAGGUGCUUUCGGACAAGCAGAAGCGCACCAUCUACGACCAAUUUGGCGAGGAUGGCCUCAAGGGCGGUGCGGCGGGCGGGGGCGCUGGGCCGUCGCCCGGUGGGAACCCCUUCGCAGCCGGCGGCUUCCCAGGUUUCGGAGGCGCAGGCGGGCCGGGCGGUGCCCAGACGUUUAGCUUCUCGACGGGAGGGCCUGGCAUGGGCGGAGGGUUCCGGCCGUCGGAUCCAAACGACAUCUUCAGCCAGAUCUUUGGGCAGAUGGGCGCAGGCGGCCUCUUUGACGAUAUGGACGGCAUGGGCGCAGGAGGACCCAAGGGCGCAAGAAGAGCAAGGGGCUCUGGCGGCAUGGGGGGAAUGGGAGGCAUGGGAGGUAUGGGGGGAAUGCCCGGCAUGAGCUUCGACAUGGGCGGCGGCGGCGGUGGUGGUGGUGGCGGCAUGCCUGGAGGAUUCGGUGGAGGCUUCGGGGGAGGGCGAGCUUCACCGGGGAGCGAAACCCCAGUCGAGAUCAAGGACAUCGAGAAACCUCUGGCCAUCACCCUCGAGGACCUGUACAAGGGCGUGACGAAGCGGCUCAAACUCGGACGUCGUAACCUCAACGGCACAUCAGAGGAAAAGACGUUGGCAAUCGAAGUGAAGCCUGGGUGGAAGAAGGGCACCAAGGUUCGCUUCGCCGGCUCUGGAAACGAGGUCCAGCCCGGUAGAAACCAAGACAUCGUCUUCAUCAUCGAGGAGAAGCCACACGAUAAAUUCAAGAGAGAGGACAACGACCUCAUCCUCGAGCAAUCCAUUUCGCUCAUUGAUGCACUCGACCCUCCGAAAGCUGGAACACCAGCCUCGAAGCGAUUCAUCAACACGCUCGACGGAAGAAGAAUCGACGUGCCCCUUCCGAGCCCCAAGCCGGGCUGCACCUCCAUCCAGACGGGCCAGACCACGCGCGUUGCUGGCGAAGGAAUGCCACUGAGCAAGACGGGCGGCAAGCAGAAGGGUGACCUUGUCGUCAAAUGGCAAGUCUCGCUACCUGAGCGCAUCACCGAGCAGCAGAAGAAGGACAUUCGCGCGGCUCUAAGCUAGAAUUACGACUCUCAAUUAUCUUGUGUAUGGGCUACCAGCGUCACCUAUUUCCCUCUUCCACUGUUGGCAAGAGACCACUGCAAUAUAUACUCGUGAUAGACUCACUCUUACAUCUGGGCAGCAUGACUGAUCGAUGACUCUCUGAUUGUGAGUGAUGAA